AUCCAUGCCCUGCAGGCACAGCUAGGAGAAGGGAGAGCAGGAUGCAUAUACAGAAUCCGCAUGGAUUUCGACGGAGGAACACAAAAGCUGUGAAGCAGGGCAAUUGCCAAUUACCACUACGAGGGGACGCACUAUGCAUGUUCUUUAGAGGCGUGAAAGUGUGCCUGCGUCAUGGCUGGACCUUCGUCAGACAGUCAUCGCAGGUUCCUGCAGUCCCUGAUGUGUAAUGGGAUCAUUGACCGGUCCAAAGCCGUCGCACUGCAUCGAAAUUGCUGCGAGGUGCACAAUACACAUUAUGCACGCGAUGGACUGGACAAAUUUAUCGAUCUCAUCAACUCUCAUCUAGAACCACUGUUCAUGCAGAUCCGGAAGUCUGUAUCAGAAGAAGAUGGUGUUCAGUAUUAUGCCUUGGUGAAUAUGGCUGAGACAGAUAUAACCAGGAUGUCUUCUGAUUAUGCCGACAAUGAGCUUGAGCUCUUUAGAAAAACGAUGGACCUGAUUGUGGACUCUGAGAGUGGAAGGGCCUCCUCUACUGACAUCCUAAACUGUGCCGACAGCCUGAACACCAGGAAGAUGAAGAAGAAGGAGACUGAGUUGCUCCUCACUAGGCUGGUGCGGGAUAAGUGGCUGAAUGAGAAACAUGGCGAAUACACCCUGAGUACCCGCUGUAUUAUGGAGAUGGAGCAGUACAUUCAGAAGAUCUACCAAGACAUGGUGAAGACAUGUGCCAUAUGUCACAAUGUAGUUUUUCAGAGUCAGAUGUGUGACAACACGUCCUGUGCGAUCAAGAUGCACAUUCCCUGUGUUGCGAAAUACUUCAAAGGCCGCAGUGAUCCUCAGUGCCCAGUUUGUAAUGAGUUCUGGCCCCAUGAGAUCCCAGAGAUCAGGAAUACAUCUCAGGUACCUUCGGAGAUGGAGAACACUACUCCAACUCCUUCAACUUCGCAUUCUCGUCGAAGAAGAUAGCGCUUCACGUUCAUCUCCUGCAAAUCUAACACCAACUUUGUUAUUUUAUCAUUAGCUCAUGGUUAUCAUGUCUGAACCUGUCCAUUUUUCAUUUGUAAAUAUUAGUUCCUCACUGAUUCCAGAUAAAGAUUGGAAGUGUUCCACAGGGUGUCUGUCUAGACAAGCAAAUAUAUGAAGAAGACUUUCUCGACGUUCCCUUUGCACGGUUUUGUAUUUUCGAAAUUUAACUGUACUUUUUUUAAAGCUUGGUUUUAAUAAAAGGCUGUUUGCAUAAA